AUGAUUCGUUCAACGAGUACAAACGUUUCAAAUUCAUCACAAAUGAAUUCAUCCGAUACACCAAAUAAUUCUUCUGGUUUUAAAACUGGUUUAACAUGGGAUUUAACACCAUAUGAACAACAGCGUAAACCACAUGAAUUAUUACAUGAUGAAGAAUUACUUAUAAGUCCAAAAUCUUUACAAAGUGAAUUAACAUGUCCAAUAUGUCUUGAUCUAUUACGUAAUACACGUACAACAAAAGAAUGUUUACAUCGUUUUUGUUGUGAUUGUAUUGAAACAGCAUUACGUAGUGGAAAUAAAGAAUGUCCAACAUGUAGAAAAAAAUUAAUAUCAAAACGAUGUUUACGUCGUGAUCAAAAUAUAGAUGCAUUAAUAUCAAAAUUAUUUCCAAUACGUAAUGAUAAUGAUGAUUUAUUAGUAAAUAAUCGAAAUAAACAUUCAAAAAAACCAAUACGUGCAAGUUUAUCAUCAGAUGAUGAACAACAACAAACAAAAGAAAAAAAGAAAAAACGUAUUUCAGAAUCAUCAUCAUCAGCUGGUUCAACACCAACAAUAAAUGAUAUUGAAUUACAACUUAAACCAUUAAAUAAUCUUAAUAUAUAUACAGCAAGAAAAAUUUUAACACCAUUAAAUGCAACUAUAAACCAUUUAUCAAAAUUUAUUAAUACAAGAAUGAAAAUUGAACAACAAAAUUCAACAUUUAUUGAACAAGAAUUUCAAUGGUUUAUUAAAAUAAAUGAUGAUGUACCUAUUGAAAAUACAUUAACACUUGAUAAAUUACUUGAACAAUAUUGGAGUCAUAUGUCUAAACCGUAUAAUAUUUUUUAUCGAGCAAUUUCUCAUUAA